AUGGCAGCGGUCACGGCGGGGUCCUCACUGCUCGAAUACCGGGUGCCGCCCUUUUCCCGCCUCCAGCGGGCGCACGCCGCCCGUUUCCCGCCCCUCUCCCACCGCAUCUCCCACCACCCCCCCCUCACUCGCGUGCAAGCGGUGCUGAGGGAUGCCCAUGUGCAAGCGGUCCUGAAGGACGCCCAUGUGGACCUCGCAGCUGCAAGGCAGAGAAGGAAGGGCGUGGUGGUGGCUGUGGAUGGCGCGGUGGAGAAACUAAGAGAAACACUUAGAGCCAUGACGGAUGGCGAGCAGGUGACAGCGGACUUGGCUCUGCCAUACGUGGAGGCGCUGGUGGGGGCGGAGGGCGUGAGGAGCCUUGCCUUCACCUUCCACCGCCCCUCGCACGUGCAUGUUGUCGGCAGCUUCGCCCACUCCGCCUCUCAUGCCGCCUCCCACCCUGCAUCGCACACGCAUGUGGGCGCUGAUGGUGGUGAUGAGGUUGGUGAAGGGGGAGAGGGCGGAGAGGGAGGGGCAGCGGGUGUGGGGAGUGUGACGAGGCCGUGCACGCAUGUGGACGUGGCUGUGGAGAUGCCUCCGGGGUGCGUGUGCUGCAAGUACGUGCUGAACCGCCACGCUACUACUCUGCUCGUCAUGUCACAUGCAUGCAUGCAUGCACUGUGCUGCGUCCGCUCACGCACUCCUCGAUCAUCAUCACCCUAA